AUGACCAACUCCUGCUGCUUGCCUUGCUGCCAGCCAACCUGUCCCAGCUGUUGCAAAACCACCUGCUGCACAACCACCUGUUGUAAACCAACCUGUGUGACCAGCUGUUGUUGUCCACCCUGCUGCAAGCCCAGCUGCUGUAAAAUCACUUGCUGCAAGACCACCUGCUGUAAGCCAACCUGUGUGACCAGCUGCUGCCAGCCCUGCUGCAAGCCCAGCUGCUGUGAAACCACCUGCUGCAAGACCACCUGCUGUAAGCCAACCUGUGUGACCAGCUGUUGCUGUCCACCCUGCUGCAAGCCCAGCUGCUGUGAGACCACCUGCUGCAAGACCACCUGCUGUAAGCCAACCUGUGUGACCAGCUGUUGCUGUCCACCCUGCUGCCAGCCCAGCUGCUGUGAAACCACCUGCUGCAAGACCACCUGCUGUAAGCCAACCUGUGUGACCAGCUGCUGCAAGCCCUGCUGCAAGCCCAGCUGCUGUGAAACCACCUGCUGCAAGACCACCUGCUGUAAGCCAUCCUGCGUGACAGGCUGUUGCUGUCCACCCUGCUGCCAGCCCAGCUGCUGUGAAACCACCUGCUGCAAGACCACCUGCUGUAAGCCAACCUGUGUGACCAGCUGCUGCUGUCCACCCUGCUGCCAUCCCAGCUGCUGUGAAAUCUGCUACUGCCAGCCCUGCUGCGGUGAGUCCUGCUGCUGCCAGCCCUGCUGCUGUGAGCCCUGCUGCUGCCAGCCCUGCUGCUGUGAGCCCUGCUGCUGCCAGCCCUGUUGCUGUGAGCUCUGCUGCUGUGAGCCCUGCUGCUGCCCAACCUGCUGUGAAAAGACCUGCUGCUAG